AUGAUUCUUCAGCAUUCAAAUAUUAAUACCUUUGUCCGUUAUUAUCAAGUAGACGUUAACGUUGAUGUUCAGGGAAUCAUCCGCAAAACAGGGUCUCAAACGCACUUGGUGCGGUUUGCUUGUUUAUUUAGUGUAUCUAUCGAUCUAGAUCGACCAUUUAAGCUCUCCCCUAAAGAAUCUUUGUCCCUUGAUAAGCUUCCAGUCAUACUCGCGCGACAAGAGAAGGUUAAUAAACGCAAGAGAAAUUACAAGCAAAAGCUGCAACUUAUCACAGAGCAGACUAUAGAAUCAAAGGAGCGCUACGAUAUUUCCAUCCGUGAUUUACGUAACAAGAAGCAACAACAACGAAACCAGCAGAUCCGGGAGAAUCUAGAGCAGUACAGGAAUGAGCAACCCGUGAUCAACCUUAAGCGACAACUCACAGGGAAGCUGGUAAAUACCAAGGUGAUUGACACUCUGGAGCAUAAGACCUCCAUAACUUCGCAGCAUCUGGCGUUAAUUAAUACAAUACUCACAAUACCAGGCGCCACUCUCGAAGAAGAGAUCAACACGAUUAAUGCGAUAACUGUGUUCUGUUCCGUGGAGGAGGGCCGGCCAACACCUCGGACCCGCCAAUCCUACCGUCGGCCUCUGUCUGGCGAUGGUGACGACAACAGUUCCGAUACCCCGAUCAAACAACAACGGUGCGUUUUGGAAGAUAUCACUAAGAUCACCUUACGCCAAGCAAUGGAAUCAGUACGAGUCAAGGAUCUCAAAGAGCGGCCCACAAUCUGCUUUCUUUACUUGGGGAAUCCGAAUCUUCCCCUCAUGGAACGAAUUGCGAAGCAUGCAACGCCCGGUUCUCUCACUAGACAUUUUUUACGAAAGCAUAUCAAUCCUCCUUGGCCGGCCAAAGGCUUAGAGUGUAAUAUUUGCAGAAUGGAGUUGCUUGAACAGAGAGCUGAUCUCUUAAAUCAUACAGAACUUUGCCACGGAACAGUCGUGCGAGGCAAAGCUCAAGAAAAACUAGGACAAGAAUGCCAAAAAGUCAGAUCCGCGUUAUAUUAG